AUGUCUCUUUGGCUAUCCUCGGUAUUAUCAAGGUUAUUCCCGCCGUUCCGAGGGCACAUCCAUGCUCCAGACUGCGCGUCGUCAGAUUUCCUACCAGAUCACGAUCUGCACAACUCCUGGGGUUGCGAUUACUCAAGCCAGAGCGUCGUGAAUCAUGAAAAAUUACGCCAUUUGUGGGAGCAAUAUGGUCGGGACCCAACCGGAGUACGACGGAACUACCACAAUCUUCUCAGGGAAUAUACUACUCUCUUCCGGAACUUCUUCAAUGGAUACUAUCCGAUUUCACUGCAUGCCCAUGUCAGCGACGCACUGCUCCCAACCACAGUAUCCAGCCUGAUUCAGAAUACCUGCGCCUCCAGUCCUCUCGUUCUAAACAAUCCGGCUUUGGCUCCGAGUUCAUCGGCCACUGAAGAUGGGAAGAAAAUUCAGCAGUUUGUACUGGAUUAUCUGGGGUGGGAGGAGUUGCAUGUAACGCAUCCGAGGUUUGCAGUUGUUCAGGGAUUGUAUGGGGCUGCCUUUGGUCCUCUUGCUCAUGCUUCCAAAGAAUGGGAGGUACAGAUUAUCGCCUCUGGGCCCAAACCAAUCGUGGUUCGCGUCGAUAACGACAUGUCAAGGGAAGCUCUAAGCGCAUCUUUAGCACAAGCAAAGGUGCAAGGUUCUAUUGCAGUGGUCGUUGAUAUGGUCAGCACAGAGGAUGGCUCAAUCCUCCCUCCAGAGCGGUUCAAAUUGCUCCAGACAUGCUGCGCAGAAAACAAGCUCUGGUUGAUUGUCGAUGAAGCUCUAACAGCCAUCAGAUGCGGUUCUCCAUUUGCAUUCCAACGAACCGAGUACGGCAGUGAAAAGCCAGACCUGGUCGCCUUCGGGAAAGGGCUAGGGACCAGCGGCAUCGCAAUGAGCUUUGAUAGCCCCAUGACUCGUCCUCUCGGUUUCUCAAAGGAAGAGUACAUCCAUCAGACCAUCAUGUACUGGCGUGCUCUAGUCAGUAGACCAGUAACAAUCCCAGUCCUGUUGAAAGCCAUGGGAAUACUUUAUACGGCCAAAACUGAGAACUGGGUGCAAAGGAGCCUUAAAAUCGGGCAGACCUUCUAUGAUGUCAUCCAGGAAUAUUGCCCUGGCGAACCUGUGAAAGGGCUGGGGGCCAUACUUGUCCUUGAUAGAGACACCUCCAUGCGACUGCAUGUUAUGGCAGGGAUUAGAAGGAGAUGCCCGUGGGUUCGCUGGUUGCCCAGACUUGAUGCAGUGAAUGCAGACCGUGCAGCUCUGGCGGCUUGUGUGUUCGGAGAGCAAAGCAAAAUUCGACGGGCAAAGCUGAGUGCGGAAGCUGAGAAAAUGGGAACACUACCACCGUGGUGUUUCCAGCCCAACAAUUUCUACAUGAAAGAGGGUAAAUGA